UGGCGGCGGGCGCGGAGCCGCGCGGAGAGCGGGCGCGGCCAUGGGGCGGAAGCUCGAUCCCACUAGGAAGGAGAAGCGCGGCCCCGGCCGCAAGGCCCGCAAGCAGCGCGGGGCCGAGGUGGAGCUGGCCCGCUUCCUGCCGCCAGAGCCGGAGACCGGCAGGAAGAAGCUCUCCAGUCACGGGAGAAAGAGGGCUGCGAAGAGGCGGCUGGGAGCGGUCAGUGGCCCGGCGGGGAAGAGGCCGCUCGGAGCAGGAGGAGGAGGAGGAGGGCGGGAGCCGGCAGUUAAAGAGCAGGUGUCCACACAGAAGAAAUGUGCCGUAAAGGCAGCAGGACAAACCACUCGUGGCCAAUCUGGUUUCAGUGAUGACAAUUCAAAAUGGCUGGCUCCAGCCAAAGCCAAGAAAAUCCGAUCUAAAGGAAACCAUGUGGAGUUAUCCAGCGAUGGUGAGGUGGAAGAGGGCAACUGGGAGAUGGAGGAGGAGGAUGGGAGCAGCGAGGAGAUGGUCGAUGAUUACGGUGCCUCAUCAUCAGAAGAAGAAGAGUUGCUGCCUAUUGAAAAAGCUGCCCUGAAGCAGAAGCCUGACAGGGAAGGCCUCAGUGAAGAUGACAGUGAAGAGGAAGAGGAGGAGGAAGAGGAGGAGGAAGAGGCAGCAGAGACAAUAGGCAGACAGAAAAUGGGACAGAAGGAGGAAGAGAACCCAGAUCUGCAGCUCAACCUAGAUAUAGAUGAACAGUUUAAACUGCCAUCUAAUGAAGAGAUUGAGAAAGAGACUGCUGAGCCACCCGACCUGCACGUCAUUCACCAGCGCAUCAAGGGCAACAUGGAGGUGCUGCAGGACUUCGCGGUGAAGCGGGAGGAGGGACGCACGCGGCAAGAGUACCUGGCGUUGCUGCGCCGGGACAUGGCUGCCUACUAUUCCUAUAGUGAUUUCCUGCUCAUGAAGCUCAUGGACAUCUUCCCACUCCCUGAGCUGAUAAACUUCCUGGAAGCCAAUGAGGUUCCCCGCCCUGUGACUAUUCGCACCAACACACUGAAGACACGGCGACGGGACCUGGCGCAGGCUCUGAUCAACCGUGGCGUGAAUCUUGACCCCUUGGGGAAGUGGUCGAAAACAGGACUUGUUAUUUAUGACUCCUCUGUGCCCAUCGGUGCCACCCCUGAGUAUCUGGCUGGACACUACAUGCUGCAAGGAGCCUCCAGUCUUCUCCCUGUCAUGGCUCUGGCUCCACAGGAGAAUGAGCGCAUCCUGGAUAUGUGCUGUGCCCCAGGAGGCAAGACCAGCUACAUAGCUCAGCUUAUGAAGAACACAGGUAUGAUCUUGGCCAACGACAGCAAUGCCGAGCGGCUGCGCAGCGUGGUAGGGAAUCUGCAUCGGCUGGGAGUCACCAACACUGUCGUGAGUAACUGCGAUGGACGCCAGUUCCCCAAGGUGCUUGGAGGGUUCGACCGUGUCUUGCUUGAUGCUCCUUGUAGCGGAACAGGUGUCAUUUCCAAGGAUCCUGCUGUCAAAACCAACAAGGAUGAGAAAGACAUCCUGCGCUGUGCUCACCUGCAGAAGGAGCUGAUUCUUAGCGCUAUAGAUUCAGUCAAUGCUGCCUCAGAGACAGGGGGCUAUGUUGUCUACUGCACUUGUUCCAUCAUGGUGGAGGAGAAUGAGUGGGUUGUGGAUUAUGCCCUGAAGAAACGCAACGUCCGUUUGGUGGCCACAGGCCUGGACUUUGGCAAGGAAGGCUUCACCAGGUUCAAGGACCGUCGCUUCCAUCCCUCCCUCAAGUCUACGCGGCGUUUCUAUCCCCACGCACACAAUAUGGAUGGGUUCUUCAUUGCAAAAUUCAAGAAAUUCUCUAAUGCCAUUCCUCAGGCACAGAAAGAUGAAGAACCUGCUGCAGAAGCAGCAACUCUGUCUGCUGUCCCUGAGACCAACAUGGAACCUCCGCCAAAAAAGAAGAAACUUGAGGGAUCAAAAGCUGACAAAGAGCAGAAGCUGCCACAACCGACUUUGAAGAAGAAACAUUCAUUGCAGGCACAGAGGAGACCCUUAAAGGCUGUCCGGCCUUCUCCCAAAAUGAUGCGUCCUAAAAUCCCUACCAGGAAGAAGAAACAUAGAGUGAAACCAAAUGGACAGUGAGAGGAACUGCUUUUCCAGGUGUUGGUCCCUUCCUCGGAGAGCAAAGGCUGCUGCAGCUAUGUGUGUACCACCACUGUGCUACUCUGUGCAGAUCAUCUCUGCAGCUCUGGACACCUGGGACAGCGAUAGCCCCCUUUGCUCCUUUCCCUCUGCAUCAAGGACUGAUGCACUGACCCAUUAAAAGUUUUAUAUUCUUGCUCAA